AAGUCUUGGAGGACCUUCUAGGCGUUCCCAGUGUAGCGUGGACAGCAUACCCUCUUGUCCGCUGAUAAUUCUCGUUGACACUUCGUCGGAGAAAAUGGCGGCUGGAGUGAGACAGGAGCUUGCACAACUUAUGAAUUCAAGCGGAUCUCACAAAGAUCUCGCUGGAAAAUAUCGACAGAUUCUGGAGAAGGCCAUCCAAUUUACAGAUGCAGAACAAUUGGAAUCAUUAAAAGCAUUCGUCGAAGCAAUGGUCAAUGAGAAUGUCAGCUUAGUGAUCUCUAGACAGCUGCUGACAGACUUCUGCACAAACAUACCCAGUCUUCCUGACAGCACAGCCAAGUCAGUUUACCACUUCACACUAGAGAAGAUACAGCCCAGGGUCAUCUCGUUUGAAGAACAGGUGGCCUCCAUCAGACAGCACUUAUCCACCAUCUAUGAGAAGGAGGAGGACUGGAGAAACGCUGCUCAGGUUCUAGUGGGCAUUCCUCUGGAGACAGGACAGAAGCAGUACAACGUAGACUAUAAGUUGGACACGUACCUGAAGAUCGCCCGUCUGUACCUGGAGGAUGAUGACCCUGUUCAGGCCGAGGCCUACAUCAACAGAGCCUCUCUGCUCCAGAACGAGUCCACCAACGAACAGCUACAGGUCCACUACAAAGUGUGCUACGCCAGAGUGUUGGACUACAGGAGGAAGUUUAUCGAGGCUGCACAGCGGUACAACGAGCUCUCUUACAAGUCCAUCGUCCACGAGACAGAGCGUCUAGAGGCCCUGAAGCACGCUCUUCAUUGCACCAUCCUGGCAUCAGCAGGCCAGCAGCGCUCCCGUAUGUUAGCCACCCUGUUUAAAGACGAGCGCUGUCAGCAGCUGGCGGCCUACGGCAUCCUAGAGAAGAUGUACCUGGACCGCAUAAUCAGGGGGAACCAGCUGCAGGAGUUUGCUGCCAUGCUUAUGCCCCACCAGAAAGCCACCACUGGGGAUGGCUCCAGCAUAUUAGACAGAGCUGUUAUUGAACACAACCUGCUGUCUGCUAGCAAACUUUACAACAACAUCACGUUUGAAGAGCUAGGGGCGCUUCUGGAGAUCCCUCCCGCUAAGGACGAUUAUCUCCAUGGUGAGGUCCCUGGUUACAGAUGCAGUCUGGCUGAGAAGAUCGCCUCCCAGAUGAUAACAGAGGGACGCAUGAACGGCUUUAUUGACCAGAUAGACGGAAUCGUCCACUUUGAGACACGGGAGCCCCUGCCCACCUGGGACAAGCAGAUCCAGUCUCUAUGUUUUCAGGUGAACAACCUGCUGGAAAAGAUCACUGCUGCUGCUCCUGAGUGGACAGCCCAGGCCAUGGAGGCUCAGAUGACCCAGUAGACUGACUGACAACCCCUGGCCUGGAACACUCCACAUGACCACCCACACCAGGCACACCCCCUGGCCUGGAACACUCCACAUGACCACCCACACCAGGCACAUCCCCUGGCCUGGGACAUCUCACAUGACCACCCACACCAGGCACACCCCCUGGCCUAGGACAUCUCACAUGACCACCCACAUCAGGCACACCCCCUGGCCUGGGACAUCUCACAUGACCACCCACACCAGGCACACCCACUGGCCUAGGACAUCUCACAUGAUCACCCACACCAGGCACACCCACUGGCCUGGGACAUCUCACAUGACCACCCACACCAGGCACACCCACUGGCCUGGGACAUCUCACAUGACCACCCACACCAGGCACACCCACUGGCCUGGGACAUCUCACAUGAUCACCCACACCAGGCACACCCACUGGCCUGGGACAUCUCACAUCACCCCACACACCAGGGCACACCUGGCCUGGAAUACCCCACACACCAGGGCACAUCUCACAUGGCACCCUACUCCCUAUUCACUAUGGAGGGUGCGAUUUUGGCUGGGUGGCUGGGCUAAGUGCAAAGUUUUGUAAGAUCGUACUGUACUGAAGACUGCAAACACGAAAUUGUUCAGUUGAAACCAGCUGAAGCCAAAUUCUGUUGUAUUUUGGCAGGGGUUAGUAGAGCUUAGCCGAGCGCCCGUCUUAGUAGUGGUAGGGGAAACACUGGCCACUCCUCCCCACAUUCUCUCUCACUCUCACUCUCUCUCUCACUGUCUCGCCCAGUUAAGUGUGAGACAUGUUCCAAUCUGGUACUUCUCUAGCAUGUUUCUCAGAAGAAGGCUGCUGUAUAUUAUGCUUGGAGUUUACCAUCUUUCUAGGACUAAUAAAUGGAUACUUGAAUCCAUAGGCUCAUCAAGUUACCAGUGGUUGCAAUCUCAUAUAUACUUUGAUUUCAUGUAAUACAAACCAGAGAACGCAAACACUGAUGUCCCACGACAAAGGUGUUAGUGAUUCUAUUUGAAAUGUGAAAGACACACAGGCCAUGCCUACCGCCACUUAAUUUGUUGCUGUAUUCUUGUACAAUGAUUUUAUUACAUUCUGUUUGGAAACAUUUUGUCAGACCUGGAGUGCAACUUCAACAAAGAGAUGAAUAAAUCAAAAAAUAAGUCAGUG